UUUCUUCUCAGUUCUGAGAAUCUUUCGAAAGAAAAACCACUUGUGUACGAUUGUAGAUUGUUUACUUCAAUAUUUUCGUUAAUUUUCGCGUUUUCUAUUGCGCAAUUGAAUUGUUUAAAGAUAUUUUCCUCAAAUACUCAAAUGGUGGAUGACGAGAAACCAUUUCCUUGCUCCAGUCCUGGUUGUUCCAUGAGGUUCGCCAAUGAAGACCACUUGAGUAUUCAUAAAAAGAGACACAUGUCCCUUUCAAUUGAAUCAAUUAGUAAUAAUGGCUCAAAGACACCUAAUUUUGUGGCUGAUGAAACCCCCACCCCAACAAGAUUUAUUAGAAACUGUGAAGAAGUUGGGCUUUUUCAAGAUUUGAAUGUCAAUCCUUUUGAUGAGCAAUUUAGAAGAGCAGCUGAGACUCAUCUCAGUCCUCCUUCACUUCCCACAUCAGAUGAUGUUCUCCACACUCCUCAUGUCUUCCCUGUGCUUCCACUGGAUUCAGAUGUAGUUACACAGUUGCCUCCUCCCAAAUCAGCUAAUGUUAGAAAAAAUUACCUCAUGCCAUCAUUGUCCACAUCAGAAUGUCUGACUCUUCCAUCUCCAGCAACAACUCCUGUACCAACUCCAUUGAUUACUGUAACAGCUCCUACAACCGAGUCCCAAGGAUUUUUCAACAAAAGAGUAGAUACAACGACCGCCACAUUAUCUGAUUGCGGCAAAACAAUUUCCACUUCAAUAAUUACCUGCAGUUCAAGAAAAGAUCGACCGAAGAAAAACAACACUUUUCAAAGCAAUUGCAUAAAGACAGCCACAAACCCAACUGUGAAUAUUAUGCCUCGUCCGAUUGUUCAAUCAUCUGCCACCAGUGAUCCUAUGACAUCGCUUCUGCUACGACUUCCUGAUGGACGUUUAGUUCAAAUUCCUGCUAUUCCUGUACCUACCGAAACUGACGCAUCUAAAAUAGUUAAUCCUGCUGUAGGAUCUCCAUUGGCUCCUGUUGGCGUGGAACAAAGUAGUUGCAAGAUUAAGUCAGCAAGACCAGUAAUGUCGGAAGCCAAAUUGAAACUGAAACAAGCGCUAACGAAAGCUAAACCUGCAAAUCAGCCUUUAAACGGAAAUUCCCCUUGUGGCACCAGCGAUGCAAGUGGUACUGAUACGGAGCCUUUAACCAACGCAGAUUCGGUUAUGGAUGUGAAUGAUUCUACAAAACCUAACAACCGACGUCGCGUCUACAAUUCAGCAUCUGAUCAAGAUUUGGACGAAGAAGAAAGUGAAAAACGAAGGAGAUUUCUGGAGCGUAACCGAGCUGCUGCAUUCCGAUCUCGUCAAAAAAGGAAGAGAUGGGUAACAAAUUUAGAAACCAAAACAACAGUAAUGAACACCGCAAACAAACUGUUACAAAAUGAAGUGUUAGCUUUACGAAGCGAAGUUGCCCAGCUAAAAUUACAACUUUUAGCGCACAAAGAUUGUCCUGUAACUCUCGCAAUGUGUCAACAACCGCCUGUAUCAGGGAACAGCGUAUUUAUAGCUGGAAAUCAAUCGAGGGGUGUUACUGUCAAUUCUACCAUUUCUAAUUCAGCAGUUUCGUCUGCAACUCCACGCCAGAUUAUCAUACUGAAUACUUCCAACCAAAAUUCAACUUCUUACCCUAUCACAGCUGGAAGUAAAGACUCACAUCCCUCACUCAUUAUGGUUCCAAGAGUAGAGACUAACAUGGGUCCUAAUAACUGCAGUGUUGUAAAUAUGCCCAAUCCAGCAGACUUAGGCCAGCAUACAUCAGUAAUAAUGUCAGUUAAAAAUGCUGAGAAUUGAAAGACUCAGGCUCAAUAGAUAUUUUCAACUUUUGUCGGUGCCUUUUUUUGCCUUGAAGUAGUAAACAUGUUUCAAAUUUGGAUUGUUUAUAAUGUUUAAGCCAAUGUUACUCAACAAAUAUUACACAGAGUGUAUUUUAUUGACUGUA